UGAAAUUUUAAACAUUUGAUCUCAUUUAAUCAAAGAAGUAAUAUAUUUGUGUAUUGCUGUAGGAAUUUGUUCUAUUAAUGGCUGAUAGAAGUAGUUCGUGAAAUAGCUGGGAAAACUAGAAAAGAUAUUUAAGGAAGUGUUUUAUUCAGUUUUGUGCUUAAAUCAGUGAGAUAAACAGUCAAGGAUCUAUAUAGACUUAUAGAAAAAAUUGUGAUGCGACGAAUUUUAUCAAUUUUAGGAGUCUGUGUGCUCCUUUUCAUCGUGGAAACAGGGGCAGCGAAGCACAGCAAGAAAAGUUUUCUAGACUUUGGAAAUAUAUGGGGAUCAGAUGAUGCUGCGCCAGUCACAGGAAAUAAUGCCGAUUUUACUUUAGAUACAGAAGGAAGUGGACUUGAUACAGAUGUAAAAGUUGACAAUACACACACUGACGAUGAGGACUUUGACGUAGAAGCUUCUGGUGAUGGAGAUGAUGAUGAAAAAAUUGUUGACCUAUCAACUGAGGCCCCAGUAACAGAAAAAGACUACUACUAUGACAAUAAAGGAACGUCAGAUGAUGAAGAUGAUUUGGAGGGUAGCGGAAGUGGAGAUGGUAUCGUUGUAGAACCAAUAAUUAAAACUACUGAGAGACCAUUAUUGGGUACCAAGCCGUCAACACGUAAACAGAUGACAGCAUGUAACAACUUGCGAAACACUGCUGUACAGGCUAUGUCAGCGUUUAAACCUGAAUGUGAUUCUGAUGGUGGCUUUAAGAAACUACAGUGUAUGGAUGAUAUAGGCAAAAAGGAGAAAUAUUGUUGGUGUGUCGACCCACAGGGCAUUGAAAUUACAGGGACACGUAUGAAGACAUCUAAGCCUGACUCAGAAGUCUGUGAUUUCGGUAAGAACUUGACUACAUGUGUAUUCCAACUGGUACAACACAGUCAAGGAUUGCUGGGGGCUUACAAACCUAAGUGUACUCUGGAUGGUGAAUAUGAGCAAAUACAGUGUCAGGGAUCAGAAUGUUGGUGUGUUGAUGCUGUUGGUAACGAACUCACAGGAACAAUGACAAAUAAACCUGCGAUCCCAGUUUGUCCAUCAGCAAGUACACCAAAGACUGUAGCAAAAACUGAAAAGCCUGUACACAUUAAGCCUAUACCUGAAUCAGAGGAACCAGGAUACACAGUGCACGAUGAUGAUAGUAAAGAAGAGAUUCCAAAUGUUAUUGUUAAUAUCGGACCAGAAAUUCCACAAGAUUCAGAGGAAACCAAUGGUGAGGAGUUUGAAGAGGAGACAAAUGCCAUCGGAGAGCCUUACGCUACAAUGAAACAUAACCAGACUAUCUUAGGACAGCCUGGCCUUCUUGCAGCAAUUAUCGGGGGCGCUGUUGUUGGUCUUCUAUGCAUGAUCUUACUUGUGAUGUUUAUUGUUUACCGCAUGAGGAAGAAGGACGAGGGCAGUUAUCCCCUAGAUGAACAGAAAUACCAGAACUACUCGUACGCAAAAGCUCCAGAUAAGGAGUUCUAUGCCUGAGCAGUGAUGAUUGUUUAGUUACAUGUUCUAUAUGUUAUCAUUGUACUUCUGAGAAAAUCUUCGGGUCAACUCAAAUGUGAUAUUUAUAUGUGGCAGGAAUCUGUAGAUUUUUUGCUUUAAAUGCAAACAUUGCAAAAGCUGAUUGUAGAUAAUUUAACAUUGCUUUUCUUAAAAUGAGGAACAAAUUUGAUAAAGAGGCGACAGUAUGGGAUAUUGUAAGACUUGAAAAAUAGUACCGUGGUCUUUGAUGGUUGUGCUGAUAUGGUAGGUCUUUGUUUGACUGAUGUUAAAAAUUCUUGUAUGUUUAAGAUUAUAGGGGUAUAUAUGCUACAUUUGAGCUAAUCGGAAGUUUUUCAAAGCAGAAAAAUAUUUUGAACAAAUAGUAAAACAGUACAUGUAGAAUACAAUAUGUUGCGCAUUGUUGUAACACAAAUGAUAAAUCUGGGUGCCAGUAAGUUCCUUAUUCUGUACACAUGCUUCAAGACAAACAGUUUGGAAUAACUGUUAUGUAGUAUGACUUAAAAAAAAAAAUACUGUCAUGAAACCACUUUAGGGUGGGGGUGGGGAGCAACUGCUCAUCUUUACAUCUAAGGUAUGGUACAGUGUUGUAAAGAUUUAGAGUUUUCGUGUGUUUUAGUAUGUGUACAGUGUAGGUGACAUCAUUGAACAAAUUACCAGUAAUGCCACAUGUAUGUGAUACCUCAGUUUAGCCAGAAUGACCAGGAGGGGCGCGGCUAACGUGUUAUUUUGGUUUCUCCUGAGACGGAAUGUGCUUUAUUUAUUUUAAUUUGUGAUGAGUCAAGGUUGUGACCUUAAUUGAACAUUUUUGUACAGAAUUGUUUUGUUUUUGUACAGAGAGCUACAAGAUAAAUAGAAGGAUUAUCCAGAUUUAUAUCUUAAAACAUAUAAGUGUUACAAAAUUAUUACGACUUUUCUUUGAGCAGAUUACACUUUCGUUGUCUUAGGUACUACUUCAGUUUCGAACACAGGAUCUGAGUUGCAUUUAUGAAAAGCCCAGUGGCAGCAUCUCGGUAUCUGGUAAUGCUACCUCAACACUUGAUGUUGUGACUAUCCUGUAUCAUAGGACGGCAUUUAUCUCUGCCAUCAUGCAAGUCCAGCCGAUAUACAAAAAAAUAUUGGUUUCGAAAAAAUCUUAAGAAAAUCUCAAACGCACAUCAGAUCUUUUCAGCUCAUUUUGCAUAGAAUGAAUUUUGUAAUAACAUGUGAUAUGUAAAUUCAAAAAGCUCUGUAAUAACUGCAAAUGUUGAACGGAAACCAUUUGCCUAGGUUGUGUUAUAACAUUUCUUUUUCGCAUUAUUGCAAGUAGAAUUUAUCAUACUGGGAUGUAACAUUGCACUUUGAAGAGUACCUGUGUAAUGUGAAAAUUUUGCAAAUUCUUAAGGUUAGAUCUGACUUUAUUUAUUUUGUUUUAGAAAUGUUCGUGAGAGAAGUUUUAGCCCCGGAUGAUUUUAUCUGACCUGGUCAGGAGGCAUUUUGUUUUACAUGUUUAACUGUCAUUGAAUCAGCCAUGUGACUUCAUAGAAACAGUAUAGCCCAGAUUUGACACACAUUCCAAUCAUCAUUGUCAUACCGUGUUGCCAUGGAAACAGCAUAACUCAUAAUUGCCUUAAUGGAAGUUUUAACUUCUCUCAUUCGAAACAAAAGUUAUUUCGAAAACCUAUGUGGUUAGAUAGUGUCUUAACAUACAGUACUGUUAUGACAUGUUUCUAUUUUUAGAAUGAUGUGUUGUUUCCAUGGUAACAUUUUGACCUUGACACAUGCGUCACAUGAUUCUAUUUUUUUUUUUGGAUAAAAUCAUAGUAUAAAAAGAAAACUUAAGAAAGGAAGGGAGAGGAAAUAUGUUUCCUUGAUAUCAAUUAUGUAUGAAAUUGUGUUGUAUGUUUAAAUGAUAGUGUUAGUAAUCAUGAAAUGUAAUUCUGCUAUAUUGUUUAUGUAAGACAAAUCAUGUAUGAUGAUAUAUGCUUAGAAAUGAGAGAACAUUGUUCUCUGUCUAUCCCACCUCAAACUUUUGUAUAUCAAAGUUGGCGAUUUUUAUUGAGUGGCGUUUCACCAAUAAGAAAGGUAACUGAAAUUUUACAUUUUAAAUAGAAUUUUGAGUACAAUGUCUUAUGUAGAUUAUAAAUUUUUGCAGCGGUAUGCCUGUUCUUCUGUGCCAACAAUAUAAUGAUUUUUUGUACACAAUACAGGAUUUAAUUUGAGACUCGCUGCAUUAUAAAACUUACUGCAAAGACUGUGCAAAAAAGAACUUUAUCGAAAAACAAAAAAUUAAUAAUUUCGACAUUUCGUGGUACCCCACCUAACAUGAGAGGAAAAAAUUUCCCAGAAUAGUACUUACUAGCAAGACCAAUGUUAUUGGUUCGGUGCAGUCUCUACAUCACUCUGGAGCAGAUACUUAAUUUGUGCUACCUCUGAUACAGUUAGAGUGUUAUUUUCUUUUACUUCUGAUUUUAAAAACACAAGUUUAAUAGUGUGAAUUUCAUGUUGUUUUUUGUUUUAUUUUUAACAAAUUUUUCACUGCCCUAAAAGACCAUUAAUGUAGUUGAUACCAGUAAAAUCGAAACAAAGUGUGGAUGAAAAAAAAAUCAAUAAAAAAUUGAAAUGAAUUAAAAGGAGCUUAAUCAACUUUUGAUGUAAAUAUAUCUUGUUUGCCAGUUGACACAAAGAGAAGUUACGUUACAGUUGUGUAUUUGUACGUGUAAAUAAAACAAAAUGUGAUACAGCAGUUCUGCUCGAUGUGGAUAUAUCGUGUCUUGUGUCGUCCAAGUCUUCUUCUUCUACAAAUGAUAAUGAAAGUUGUAACGAAAGAUCUUGGAAGAAUGGUUUUUCACAAUAAUGGUGAAUACUUAAACAUUCAAGCUUAGCUGGUUAUAUACUUUCCUGUUUAGGGUUAAGAAAAAAAAAAGAUUCCCUUGAAAUUUGUUCCUGCAAGGAUACUAAUAAAACCGUGUUUAGACCCAUGGUGUUUUCCAAACCAAAUGAAAUCUUAAGAGAGGAAAAAGCAAAAAAUGUUAGAAGUGAAUUCUACUUAAAAUUUCUUUAAGAAGGUAGUUUAGAAUAUGUAACUUGGUACAUAGCACUUGGUUACUGAAACAGGAAGAAUAUAUAGGACUUUUAUGUUGUGAUUCAUUGUGGUGUGAGGAUCCUGUUUUUACUGGAUUCAAUCAUCCAUUCUUUAAUUAGUUAAUUAGUUAACUGGAAAAUUUAACAAUUAAGACUGAUCAUGUACAUUAAGCAAUUAAGACAUUGUGCAAAUCAUGAAAGUUGAUGUAAAAAGAUCAAAUGUCUCACAGAACCAAGGCCAGGAUGAAAUGCAUCACUCUAGAUUAUUUUCUUUUUAUCACUUUUUAUCACUUUUACUUUCCAUCAAUUUUUCUUCCAAAAGAACAGAUGUGUCUUAACUAUAAAAUCAUGGUAUGAUUAUGAAUGAAAAUGUUUAAUUUUUUUUUUUUUUGGAACAUUGUAUAUAGCUUUAAUGUUAUGUUAAUAUGUUUUACAUGUAUAGUUAUGUACAUAGUUUAAAUGUUUGUUAUUACAUAUAUCAUUACAUACAUCAUCAUACUUUGCUUUAUUAUUAUUACAGUGAAAAUAAAACAGUAUAAAUACAGUCCUAAUAUUAGAUGCUAGUUUAAUUAGAAGGUUUUACUUUUUAAGUUGUAUUCAGCAUCAAACUGUAAACAAGUUGUUGCUUUGAAGGGAAUCGUCCCCAGAUUUAAGUCAAAAUACCUUGAAAUUGGAAACAAAUGAAAAACUAUGUAGAUUGUUAGGAAACGUAUAAAUGAUCAAAGUUGGUAUCUUUGCUGUACUUAACAAAGGACAGAUGAAAUCCUGUCAUUUUUCAUCACAGUUUUUGCUCUGGACUCACGGCGUAAAAAGGUUUUCUCUACACUUAUAAACAAAUGAGUUAUUGAAUACAUAUAUACACACAGUAUAUAGACUGUCUUUUUGAAAAGUUUUAUAUAAGUACAAAAUAUUGACUUCAUUGACAACAUUCUUCAUGAGGGUCUCUGAGGAAGUUUGUUCAUACAUACACAUAUGGUGGACAGUGGUAGACCUAAGCUACCUUUCAGAUGAUGAGGGAAAGGUUUAGGUAUAAAAGAAUAUAUGAGCCGCGCCAUCAGAAAACCAACAUAGUGGGUUUGCGACCAGCAUGGUCCGCGCAGUCUGGUCUGGAUCCAUGCUGUUCGCUUUUAAAGCCUACUAGAAUUAGAGAAACCAUUAGCGAACAGCAUGGAUCCUGACCAGACUGCGCGGAUGCGCAGGCUGGUCUAGAUCCAUGCUGGUCGCAAAACCCACUAUGUUGGUUUUCUCAUGGCACGGCUCAUAUAAGCAUUUCUGUGAGAAGCUAUGUUUGCUUAACAAAGCUUGAUGUUUAUACAUUUUCUAUCACUGCAUACUUUUUUCAUCAGUGAUUUGUGAAGAGGCUACAAAAAAGUGAAGGUUGUUAACCAGUCUCGUGAAAAGGGACUUAAUAUAUAUAUAUAACUGUCGAAUAAUCCCUCAGAAUAUUUUUUUUCUCAUGUUCUUGUUCUUAUUCAAUGUAGAUAUGUUUUUCUUUAAUACUUAACAGAAAUCUUUAAGUUAGCAGAUUUCUUUUGAAAAAAUCUCUCACAUUUGAAGAAUGGUUGUGUAUCAGUUAAAUUUUUUUCGUUUUAUCAAAUUAUUUACUUUGUUGUAGAAUAAAAAAAAAGUACUAAAUAAGAGACCAAUAUUUAAUAAAGAUUAUUUAUUCUUAAUAUUUACAUAUAUUCAAUUUCUUUUCUGUAUUGUGACAUGCAUAUGAAGAAAAGUUGUUUUUUGUCUAAAGUUGCUAUAUGAAAGUAAUAUUAAGAUGCAGAAUACCUUAUUAAGUAAAGAAAAUGAUGUUACAUAGUCCAAAUUAAACUUGCUAUUCUCAUUUGGUGCAUUAGACUACACUUCUGCCUAACUUGGAAUGAAUUUAUUCCUUUGCCUAACUUUUUAGGAAUUAAUGAAGUUACCUAACUUGAUAGGACUUAAUGCAAUUGCCUAACUUUGAGAUGAUUUAUUUUCUUUUUUUACUAAUUUCUUUGUCAUAUUGCAUGUUCAGGAACUAGAAUUAUGUUCAUAAUUAUAUAUUACAGAAAUAAUUAUGAAAAAUGUAUAUUAAUUAUGUAGAGUUAUGUAUAAUAAAAAGGUUGCAAAAUACAAAGGGGCAGUGAAAUGCCAGGUUGAUCUAUAGAAUGGGAAUACUAGCAUCUGUUGUAAUUUUGUAGAUAUGUCAAGAUUGUAUUUAAGGUUUAAAUUGAUUCACAGUUAGGUUGUUGUGUUGAAAUUUUAUUAUGUUAUUACAUGUAAAUUGUGGGUUUGUUACUUUCACAAAAUAGAGGGACACCUAUAUCCUCAACUUUUCUACAGUUUUUCAUAACUAAAAUUUUAUACAUAUUUUGUUUUUCACUUUUAAACUUCAGAAAAUAGAUGCCAUCAAUAUUGAGUUGCCAUUUUAUAAGACACUGGGCGCUGCUGCUAUUAAAUGAUUUUUCUAAAAAAAUAUUUUCAUUGGGCUCUAUACUGGCCUCAAUGGGCUAUAUAGGCCUCAUUGGGCUAUAUAAUGGCCUACUGUUGUCAUUUAAACAUAACAUGAACAAACAUUAUUCUCCAUUUUUUCUUUCAUUAUGUGUAUGUAUAUUUAUGAUAUAAAAUUUUUGUAGAAAUAGUCAGGACACAGAAAUGUCAGAAGAUUUUUUUUUUUUCAAUUCACUGCAUGUUUCAAUGUAUUUUUUUCUCUUUCUUAUUAACUGUUUACUUGAAACCUAAAGAUGUUAAUCUUGAAAAAUGAGCUGCACCAUGAGAAAACCAACAUAGUGCGAUUGCGACAAGCAUGGAUCCAGACCAGCCUGCACAUCCGCGCAGUCUGGUCAGGAUCCAUGCUGUUCGCUUUCAAAGCCUAUUGCAAUUAGAGAAACCGUUAGCAAAUAGCAUGGAUCCUGACCAGACUGCGCGAAUGUGCAGGCUGGUCUGGAUCCAUGCUGGUCGAAAAGCCACUAUGUUGGUUUUCUCAUGGCGCGGCUCAAAUAUGUUUUGUUUUCUGUUGAUUUUAUAUUUUUUUCUUCAGCUUUGAAAUCUGUCUUGGGUUGAUCUUAUUUUGAACAAUGAAUGUUAAAUCUACUAAAUGAAAUGAAUUUAUUUUUGAUUAUAAGUGAGUUUUUUUUUGUGUAGGAUAGCCAUUGAUAUUCUUUCUGUAAGGCUGUUGAAUUAUUAAAGACAUUUCUUCAUAUAAA